AUGUCAUUUCAGAGACAAAUUUGCGGAAAUUUGAAUUUAAAAUGGCGAAAAUUUGAAAGCAAGAUGCCCGCUAAUAGUAACAGCUCUAGCGAGGGAUGGAAUAUUUGGAUGCUGUCAGAGGCUAUUUUCACCGUUUGGUUAAUAUUACAGGGAAUUUGUAUGAGUGAGGGUUUUACCAGAUUAAAACAGAUCUCCCAGGAUUAUUCAGUUUUAAUAUCUCUACUUCCUUACAACUUUGUUCAGAUUUGGAGCUUUAUCUUCAUACUAAUUUCUGUUCCUAUAUUCUACUUCAUCUUCCCUUUAUACUUUCUGUUUCAGGUGUUAUUGUUUGCCUGUAUCUGGUCAACAGUUCGAUGCAAAUGGGACAUUUAUCCUUUUCUUUACUCGCAGAAUAUAAUUGAAGAUCAAAAUGCGUUUCCAGGAUCAGGCCUAGCGGUGAACUAUUGGGAUUCAUUUCUUAAUUAUAUACUAAAGGAAGAUUUGUCAUGGAGACUUGCAGAGGAGUUUGGGAACGAUCUGGAUGAAUACUUGACAAAGAAAGGGAUAGUGGAUGGUAUACAGGGUUUGCAUUUAACUUGCUGUCAUCAGUUAGUUAUUCUUCUCCCCCUUUCCUGUGACAAAUGUGAUAAAACAAGCCAGGAAGGAUUGUUUGCGAUGUCAGAACUUCCAACAGAUUAUUUUCAUACAGAACCUUCUAGCAGGAUUAAAUUCAGGACAAGAGAAGGACAAGCUGACAUCACCUUAUCUCUAUCAUGGAUUUAUCAACAAACGGCCGACGAAGAAAUUUACAGAGUAACGGGAAUGCAUGUGAAUGAGGCGGAAAAAAUAUAUUUUCUCUCAGAUUUUCCGUCAACCCUGUACUCUUCGUUUGGACCGAACAAAUGUCGGAAUCGGAAGGAUGGGAAGACCCUGAAUUGGAGCGAAAAGGAUAGAAAGCUGAACCUAGAUUUGUUUCAAUCUACGAUUAAUUGUUUGGCUAAGAAACAAAACAUAAACAACAAACUUAUGUUUUGUUCUUACAGUGGAGACGACGGGCGGCCAGCUUCAUAUCACAUCAGACAAUCAAUCAAUCAAUCACACCUACACUUGACAAAUUCAAUCUCUUACUCCAAACCUUCAACACAGCCACUCCUCCCUGUGUUGAACCCCUAUCCAGUUUACAAUCAACAAAGUUUGCCAAAUAUUCACAUUGAUUCAGUUCAUAGUUUAAAAACCGGGGCAUGCACUGAAUCCAGCAGAAAGUUGAAAGCUGAAUAACUUUUUAAAAAGUUGUUAACAUCAG